AUGAGAUUGUCUCAAAUUACCGUAUAUUUUGCAUAUUUCUUCACACAAGGUGAGUUUUUUCAAAAAAAAAUUUCGAAGAAAAAAUUUGUAGCUCGAAAACUUCAAUUAUUUGUACUUUUAAUACUUGCGUCAGAAAAAAUUUAAAAAAAAAUUGUUUUUUUUUGUAAAAAGGGAUUUUGGGCUCGCCGAGCUCAAAACUAGACUUCUAGGAAAUUCCAGAGCUCGAGUCUCAGAUUUCCGAAUUUUCCAUGAAAUUUCCAGAAUUUUGAGCCUAAACAUGAUUGUUUUCGGAUGAUUUUCAGAUUUGGAGCAUUUUCAGGGCUCGCGGAGCACAAAAAUGCUCCAAAUUUCGGAGAACACGAGGUUUCGAGUGUCUGAUGAUUCGCAGCGGGUAAUUUGGAGAUUUUUGACACCCCACAUUCUAGAUUUCAUGAAUUUAUAAUUAUGGAGCAUUUUUGUGCUCCGCGAGCCCUGGAAAUGCUCCAAAAUCAAAAAUUCUCAAAAAAUAUCCAUGUUUGGGCUCAAAAUUUCCCAAAUUCAGUGAGGAAUCCAAUGGAACCCAUGAGAUCUUCAGAAACUCUAGAUUACUUGCUCGGCGAGCUCUGAAAAUGCUCCAAAGCCCAAAAAUUCAACAAACCUUGUCAUGUUACAUAUCAAAAUGCUCCAAAUUUUCAGCUCUCUCGAUUCCGAUGCAUAAAAUCUACGAUUUCAGUGAUCUGCGGCCACAAAACUACUAUAAUCAUCCAUCAAUUCGACCGUUUGCUUUAUCAGAAACUAUCUUCAAGACUUCUUUGGAUCCGGGAACAACUACUGGAAAUUCGAACAAACGUUUUGAUUUCAAGAUUUUCAGCAAUUCUGAGCCCAGAAGAUUAGUCUAUGAUUAUCGAUUGAUUCGAUAUUGA